AUACGCGCAUUACAAGGAUACAUCUCUAGACAACAUCGAUUUUUACAUCUGCGCAGUCGUCAUCAUCAAUGUGAUGUGACAGCAGAUUCUGUGUAAAGGAAAUACAGAAUAAUUAACUCAGAAUGUCUGAUGUCUUUGUGGCAUACCCACCGUCAACAACAGGAUGUGUUAUAUUUGGUAAAAAUUCUGAUCGUCCAUUGACUGAAGUACAAGAGGUUGUUUAUUAUCCAGCCAAGGAUCAUGCACCAGACUCCAAAAUCAUGUGUACCUUGGUAGAAAUAGACCAAGUGUCAGCCACUCAUGCUGUGGUCCUUAGUAAGUCGGCAUGGACCUGGGGUGCUGAGAUGGGAGCUAACGACAAAGGACUCUGUAUUGGAUGUACCGCAGUAUGGACCAAAUUGUGUCAUCCAGGGGACCACAGCGCCAAACUCAUGGGUGUUGAUUAUGUGAGGCUUGGUUUAGAACGUUGUAGUACUUCAAAAGAGGCCCUUGACACAAUUACUGAACUACUGGACAAACAUGGCCAAUGUGGUCUCACAAGUCAGGACCAUAGUUUCGGACAGUGGUCAUAUAAUACUUCCUUUAUAUUCGUUGAUCCAAAAGAAGCCUGGUUGUUAGAGACCGCUGGUGAAUUUUGGGCUGCAAAACAUAUAUCUGAUGGACACUUCAAUGUCUCUAGUUGUCUGAGGAUAGCAGACGACUAUGAUAAACUGUCACCAGGGUUAGUUGAAAAGGCUACGGAGGCUGGACAUUGGAAGGCUGGGAAUGGUAGCUUCAAUUUCAGUCAAGCAUUUACUGCAGAAUUUGAUGGCUUAUCACUUACAGAUAUACAAAAGCCACAUCAUAGACAAGCCGAGGGGGAGAAAUUAAUGACCAACAUGUCAAAAGACGGUUCUUUCAAUAUGGAAUGCAUGCGGGAAGUUUUACGUGAUGAAGGGAGCAGUAUAAAUUUUAUGGGAGAGUUGUAUACUGUUGGGAGCCAGAUUUCUGUAUUGUCACUAGAUGUCAACAUUCCACACUGCCAUUGGUUCACUGCUACUCCAAACCCAUCGCUGUCCGUCUUCAAACCUUUCCUAUUUUGUUCUUCCGUUGAUAUCGGGGAAGUAACACGUUCUCCCGCCACUGGAGAGAGAGCACGUGCUAGUUUCCAGACGAACGUUGAUAGACGACAUCCUUUGUUCAUUGCGCACGAAAAAGCUAGACCGCUUAUGGAAAGUGAUGACCCAAUAGGCCAAAGGUUGCUUUCCACAAUGCAACAGUUAGAACAAAACUGUAUUACUGAAAUGCAAGAAUUUCUACAAAGUUUCAGUGAAAGUAACUUGAAUGAUGUACAAGAUUUGUUUAAGGACAUUUCGGAAUCGGAAACCAAAUUUUACAAAUAGGUCACCAAACCAUCAGACUUUAAAAGCUUUAAUGUGAUACACAGACAUUUGUUUGCAGUUUUAUUACAAAACUUAUUUCAUUACAAACAUGUACAAUCGGUACAGAUAUGCGAAAGUACCAACCAAAAAUAGUUAUACCCUUUUAAAAGAGACUCAAGUCUUGAACACGUAAAUCUGUGUAAGUUUGUAAUACAUAGAAUACCAUAAAAGGAGCCAGAUGGUCAGAUUUAUCGAGCACACCAUUGUUUUAUUAUGUGAGCGUGCAUUUCCUUUGUUUUAGAAGAUGCAAUGACUAGGCUUGCGUUCUAAUUUUUCCAUCAUAAUUGUGUUUGAAAGCUGUUGAUGUGAAUUGGCGAUAACAUAUUGUCUUGUAAUCGGAUUUAGAGGAUGCAAUUAUGUUUACGAUACAGUGUGCGAAGGUUUUACUUAAAUGAAAUGAACUGUAACUUAUAACCUUUAAGAUUGGUAUUAUAAAAAUUCCCAUCGCACAAUAUUUCAUGUAUUUUUCAAGAUAUAGGAAUUUUAUCAUAACCUUGAUGAGCAAAAGCCACAAAGGUGUGGAAAAUAUGCUUUAUUCUUGUUUCUCACAAGACAUGUAAAUGUUGCUUUACAAGUGAAUAAAAUAUGUUAUAAUGUA